UCCAAAUAUCGUUAGACGCACCGUCGACCUGCUCGCAACAUAGGUAGUGAUACGAAUCCAAGUUCAACCCCCUCGAACAUCUCGCUGCUUCUGGAGGAUGGAAGGGGGAAAAAACCGGCCGAGGGCGAGAGUGAGACUGGAGCAGACCCCAGCCGGUCCCGUUUCGCAGGCGUCUGUUUGCGCACGUGAGGGAGGCGUCGUGGUGACGGAACCGAAGGCUGGCUGCGCUGAGACCGAUUGGACAGGAACGGAUUUUCUUGCAGCUCCAGGGUUGCACCAGGGCGGCAGGGACGGAUUCAUGGAUUUGCCGGCCGCCCGAGCGGCACGACACGGACCCCAGAUCGGAGGAAGAAGCACGGAGCGGGGGCGGAUGCUGACAACCAAGGCUCGAACCAGGCACGCCAGGGUGCCAGGGGACAAGAACAGCCGAUCUAACCUUUUGCAGGGCCCUGGCAUGUUCCGCCGCCUGUGCGCCUCCCUCAAACUGCUGCAGGACCCGUUGGCCAGUCAGACGAAAGCUUGUGGACCCAAACCCCACCUUCUGCCGCAGCCAAUGGGAUGGCAGCGAGACACUUCCAGGUUCCCAUGCCGGCACCCACAGCUCCAGCUCUCCGUCGCCUUUUUGACUGCCUCGCCCAGAUCGCGCAGGUCCUCGCAUGCCGGUCCUCCCUCAGCCUCUGCCUCACUGUCUCUCAUUGCCCUCCCUGCUCCUCCCCCCUUCUUCUUCCACUUUUCCCUCCUUUCACCUCACUCUCGCCCACCUCAAGCGAGCCUUCACCUACCUUACUCCUUCGAAUUCACAACUGGUGUUGCCCAUCACCUCACCCCCAUCCCCUCCGCUUACACGACGAGACGACGACGCCCGUUCUCGUUGCGCGCCAAGUCGUGACCUCUCGCCAAAUCAACGCGCCACCUUUCCGCCCUUCGAACCCUCAGACCUUUGCCAUCCUCAAUUAUCAAGCGCACUGAGUCGCGAUACUCUGCCGUCACCCUCUUUUGGCCAACUCUUUCCCGUUCCCGGCCAUACUCA